UAAGAAACAAUGAGUAAUUAUUUUGAUCCCUUUGGUUUUACUAAACAAACAGCAACUUUGUUGCGUGGUUUGGGUGCAUCUGAAUUAAUAGUAGAAUGCAAGAAAAGAAAUAUAUCAACGGAUGUAUUACACGAGCUUACUGUACAAGAGCUAAUAAUGUUAGGCACUGAUUCCAAGAAGGCUGAAGAGUUAAAAAAUUGUUUAAACGUUAGGAAAAGAAGAUCCAACAUCGUAAUAACAAAUGUCGAGGACAGGAUCGAACAUUUUCUUGAAAUAAUCAAAGACGCAGAGCAGCAGUUCUGUUUGAUACAAGCGUUUAUGGCGUAUUGUCGAUUGAGACUCGUUAAGGAAAAAAUUAAUAUUUUUAUCGAUCCCGACAAGUGUUUGAGCGCUUCUAAGGUAUUACCUAUCGCUGUUGCUGCAACACUGACAGAGUUAGAAGAAGUAAAUAAGAACCUUUCCGAACUUAACGAACUGAUUUUAAGGCUCAGUCGUAAUAAGAUGGACGGUGGAGCGUACGGUGGAGGAAAGGCAGGAGCCCCUUUCGACCCUAUUGCCUUUAUCCAAAGGCCUCAAGUCAUUUUAAGAGCCGUAUGUCUGCUCUUCGCGAUAAUCGUGUUCGGAUGCAUAAGCAACAAGGGAUACAUAGAAAAGCCAGACGGAAAAGACGUUUGUCUUUACAACGGAGACCACAAUGCUUGUAAUUACGGGAUAGGAAUUGGAGUCCUCGCCUUCCUCGCCAGCAUUGGAUUCCUUGUUGGCGAAUAUCUUUUCGAACAGAUGUCUUCUGUUAAGACCAGGAAGCAUUUCGUCCUGCUCGAUUUAGGGUUUUCUGGCUUUUGGGCAUUCCUUUACUUCGUCGGAUUCUGUUACUUAACCAAUGCUUGGAACAAAUCGGAAACGCCGGAAAAUAAUUACGGAGUGAACAACGUUCAAAGCGCUAUCGCUUUCUCCUUCUUCUCCAUUUUCACCUGGGCUGCCUGUGCCUGGUUUGCCUUCCAAAGAUUCAAGCAAGGUACCGACGCUGCGUUCGCACCGAGUUACGAAGCUGAUCCUGUUGGUGGGACAGGAUAUACAAGUUAUCCUGAUGCGACUGAUGCUGGUUAUCAAGAACCACCAUUCGGUCAACAGCAACAGCAGCAACAACAACAGCAACAACGGAUGCCCGAUUUUCGAGCACCGGCUUACUAAUCCUCUCAAACAUAGUUUAUCACUAUUGACACAACGCAAGAAAACAAUAGGAAAACAGAAGACAGAAGCUCUGCGAGGAAACUUUCAAUGAUAGAGCAAUGUCGAUAGAGUAAGUUUUCAUAGUAACAUAACUAGUGGAUGAAAGAGAGAGGAGAGAUGAGUAAACGAGGGGAAUAGAAAAGUUGGGUAAACAGGAAAAAUAUAAAGAGAGAAAGGAGAACAAGGAAGAGAAUGUACGCGUGUGCGAAUACGUAUGUGUGUAUACGUGUAUGACUGUGACAAAAAGAAAAAAAAAAAAGAAAAAAAUAGAA